UAAACCCUACACAGAAGAAGAAGAAGAAGAAGAAGCUGGAGCGGAUUUGAAAGCGCAACGCGCGGCCGCAGCGGCACGAGGACAAGAUGGCGGCGGCGUUGGAGCGUAGCUACAUCGAGAUCUGCGGGUUCGAGAGAGAGGCCGAGCGGAGGCCGCGCGAGCUCACCGCGAAUCUGGGUGUGAGCGUGCCACCUGGCAGCCUGAAGUUUCCUGACAGCGCGGGAGCGUUUCACUAUGAGGAGAGCGGGAAGCUGCUGUCGGUCACCAGCAACAGGUUCAUCCACUGGUCCACGUCCGGGGACUCGGUGGUGCUGGUGGAGCAGUCUCUGGACACCAACUUGCUGAACAACGCCGUCAGGCUCCGCUUCACCCACUGUGCCGUCCUGCCCGGAGGAGUCACCAUCCAGGAGACGCUCAGCAACGUCGUCAUCCUCAUCUCCACCAAUCGCAGCGUCCACAGGCUGCUGCUGCCCCACCCCACGCGCAUGUACCGCAGCGAGCUGGUCACAGAGUUGCACAUGCAGUCCAUCUUCACUGAUGUGGGGAAGCUGAGCCUGCAGGACCCCGCCCACAGCGCCCUUAUCCCCAGCUCAGUGGGAACCACGGCGAGUCCCGGCACUGCCUUCGCCUGGCUCAGUUACCACGGAGAUGCACACUUCGCUCUGGCUUCUCCUGCUGGAGGCAUCACAGUGGUCACCCUGCCGUCGCCCGAUUCUCAGGGCAACAUGUCAGUGCUGGAGUUGAAGAGGAGCUCUGUGAUGCAGCGGCUGUCUGGGUGGAUGCCCACGGCAAUCCGCGGCGAGCACAGCCCGGCCGACCUCGUGCUCAGCCUCGCCGUGCGGGAGCUGGAAGAAGACUCCUUCAUCUUUGCGCUGUGUCAGGACCACCGCCUGCGCAUGUGGUCGCUCAGGGAGCAUGGCUGCCUGCUGGAGGCGGACAUGUUGGAGUACAUGCCAGCGUGUAAGGGUGUGAAGCGCCUGCCGGGCCACGGUCACCGCCUGCGCCUGGCGUUCUCCUCCACCACAGGCUUGUGCGUCUGCGUCUACCUCGCUGUCCCUCAGCGGGGGCAGUUCACCGUGCUGCAGCUGGUCGCCACAGACAACAACCGCUACAGCCUCGAGCACAUCUCCACGCUGUUCAGCACACAGGAGACGCUUGUAGACUUCACGCUGACCUCCUCGGACAUCUGGGCUCUGUGGUUGGAUGAAUCCAACGCCACCGUGGUCAAAUACAUCAGCUUCGAGCACAACACGGCGGCUCAGUGGAACCAGGUGUUUGUUCAGCCUCCACCCGAAGAAGAAAUCCACAUCGGAGUGGACCUGGACCCCCGGGAGACGUAUCUCGAGGUUCUCUUCUCUCCUCUUCGCUUCACAGCCUCGGCCAUCGUGAAAGCCCUGCAGAUCUUUCGGCGAGGCUCGGAGAGGAUCUGGGACCUGUCCUGGGAGGCUCUGAGGAAGGAGGUGACGCUGGCUGUUGAGAGCGAGCUGCAGAGCAGCAUCACAGAGUUCGAGUUUUCUCAGGAGGAGUACCGACAGCUGCAGGUGGAGUUCUGGUCCCGGUUCUACUCCUGCUGUCUGCAGUACCAGGAGGUCCAGGCAUCUCCUCUGGGUCUGACCGUGAGCCAGCACACCGGGAUGGUCUGUCUGCUCCGGAAGGGCUUCCUGUCAUACCUGCUGCCGUGCUUCGCCGUGGAUCACCUGUACCUUUCCCACGACCAGUACCUGCUCUCAGAGGAGGAGACGCCAGUCGCAGAAGACCCGGAGGCGGGGCGGGAUGUCCUGCAGCUGGUUCAGUGCCUGCGGCUCAUCAGCGACACCGUUUCUGCAGAGAUGGCGUACGAGAUGGAGAAAGCUCUGGAGUACCUGCAGGCGCCCGAGAGAGCGGCCGAGCUCGUCCUGGAGAACCUGCUGUGCAACGACAGUGAUAACGUGAUCGUGGAUGUCCAGAACAAACUUCAGGAUGUCAGAAACCCGAUGGCCGCCAUGAUGGUCCUGUUGAGAGAGAUGGACCUGGAGACGGACUCCGAGGUCGGCGGGGACGGACUCGUGGCGCCCGGUCAGAGCCUGAAUUUAAGGAUCGGCCUGUCUCAGCUGUACAGCGGCAGCACGGCGGUCUCUGUCAUCUCCCAGGCCGUGUGUCACAUGGCCAUGACCAGAGCGCUGUUCUGCAGAGACCUGCUCAUCCUGCAGAAGCUCUACCUGCGCUUUGGAGACAAUGUGUUUCUGGGUGGGGGGGCUCAGCUGCUGCAGCUACAGCAGGACCUGAUUCCUCGGACCUCCCAGCUCCUGUCCUCCUAUCAUCUCCUCAAACAUGUCAGUCAGAGCCUCGCCUCCUCCGUGCCCAUCAGCACCAUAGACGCCAACCUGCAGCACCUCACCGUGUUGGAGCUGUCGGACACGCCCACCAUGACCUCUGGACGAUCAGCUCUGAACCCUCAGACCGUUGUGGAGCUCUUCUACCAGACGGCAGCUCGCCGACUCAUCGUGUCUCAGCUGUUCUCGAACCAGCAGGGCGGAGCUCUGCUCGUCUGGACUGACGUGAUCUCUAGUGUGGUGCAGCUGCUCGCUCAGCUGCUAUGGCCCAGUAACCCUGGCUUCCAGUUCCCAGAGUGUCUGCUUGCCAACUGUCAGUACACUCAGCUGCAGGAGUACGUGCGUCUGCUUGGUCCGUGGUGCCAGGUGAACAUCGCCUCUUGUCGUUUCAUGCUGGCUCAGUGUUACCUCGCCAACGGUGAAGGCCAGAAGGCUCUGCGGUGCUUCCAGGAGGCAGCAACGGAGGUGGAAAAGGAGGAGUUUCUGAUGAGGUUAACUGGUAGCGAGGAUGAAGACGCCGCAGUCGCCCCUGCUACACCCCGACUGCAGUACUACAACAAGGUGCUGCGUCUGCUGGAGGACGUCGGUCUGCCCGAGCUCGUCAUCCAGCUCGCCACUCUGGCCAUAACGGAGGCCGUCGGCGAUGUCAGCAGUCAGGCGGCGCUGUGGACGCGGAUAUUCAAACAUCACCUGGACCUCGGACACAACAGCGAGGCAUACGACGCUCUGACACAGAACCCCGACGGCAGCAUGCAGUUGGACUGCCUCCGUCAGCUGGUGGUGGUGCUGUGUGAACGCUCGCAGCUGCAGGAUUUGGUCAACUUCCCCUACGUCAACCUGCACGACGAGGUUGUCAGCAUCAUUGAGUCUAGGGCCCGGGGACUCGACCUGCUCACCCACAACUACUAUGAGCUGCUGUACGCCUUUCACAUCGCUCGCCACAACUACCGCAAAGCUGGGACGGUGAUGUUCGAGUUUGGGAUGCGUCUCGGUCGGGAAGUUCGAACCCGCCUCGGCCUUCAGAAGCAGGUGAACUGUUACUUGGCUGCUCUCAACUGUCUACGCCUCAUCAGGCCGGAGUACGCCUGGAUCGUCCAGCCGGUCUCCGGGGCAACGUACGAGCGUCCAGGUGCGUCUCCGAAGAGAAACUCUGACGGAGAGUUUCCUGCUGAGCCAGUCAAGCGACAGGUGGAUAUCCUGGAGGUCAGAGACCUGGAGAAGGAGUACAUCCUGUCUCGCAGCCGGCUCACCCUCGCCCAGCACCACCCGCCCUCCGCUGCUAUCGCAGGCGGAGCCUCGGCGGCAGAGCUGCUGGUCUUGCUGGUUCAGACGGGACUCUUUGACUCUGCGCUGGUUCUAAGUCGCACCUUCAACCUGAGCCUGACACCCGUCUUUGAGGGCCUCGCCUUCAAGUGCAUCAAGCUGCAGCUUGGAGGGGAGGAGUCUCAGAACGAAGCCUGGAGCUGGUUGGCUGUUAAUCAGCUGUCAGUUGUCAACACCAAAGAGUCCAGCACCGCAGACGAGGCGUGGCGUCUUCUCGCCUCCUACCUGGACAAGUAUCCUUCCACCAAUGGGCAGCAUCACCGCUACGUCAUCCACAAGCUGCUGUCACAUGGUGUCCCUCUACCCGAUUGGCUGGUCAAAGGCUACAAGCGCGUGGACGCUCCGUCUCUGCUGCGCCUCCUCCUGAAUUUUGACCUGCUGGAGGCGGCGGCAGAGCUCGUGUUGGAGUAUGUGGACGCCGUCCUGGGGCGUGGUCACCAGUACUUUGGAAUUGAGCGGCCGCUCUCUGCCACGUCUCCCCCGGCAUGGCUGCCGUACACGUCCAUCGACCAGCUCCUGCAGGCGCUGAACGAGACGCAGACCCAAGGCGCCCUUUAUAACAAAGUCCGAGACAAAUUAGACGAGUACCAUCGCACCGUGGAGCUGAUGAGCAGGCGGAGACUCGCCACGCAGGGCCGGCACUCGGAGUGAGGCGGCCGUGUAAAUAUUUUAUAAUCUGUCAUCAGUUUUGUACUGUCGUGUUUUUCAGAUGUAAAUGUGAUGAAAUAAAGUGU